UAGAGUUUGGUCCAACUCUGUGCCAAGGUCCCCCCGCUGUCUCUCUCUUGCAGCACCGUCUCAGGUCUAUUCUUGCAGAUUCUCAGCCCACAGAACAUACGAGGAGAAGAAAGUCGCUCUGAGCUACUACUGGAUCGAGGUUUUUGCAAUUUGCUAAAAACAAGUGGAUCAGGAGCUCAGAUGAGGACUCCUUAAAUCCCUCACUCUUCCAGUAUUUAUUUUUCUUUGUUCAAGUGGAUUUGCCCUUUCCAAGUGAAUAAGGAGAGGAAACUGCCUGGGAUACAGCAAAAAAGAGUCUCCCGAGCUAAGGAUGUUUGUAUCCCAGGGCAGCAAUGCCACUUCCUACGACGUGAGAAAGACCAUGACGACUUUGCAGGACUGCCACCUGCUCCAUUCCCAAAAUGAUGGCAUCUGCCAGAACAUUCAGGUUUCCAGCCUGUGAUGCUCCAGCAGAUUCAUACUACAGGAGAGACAAUUCUGGACACAACUAAGAGGAAAUCUGGGGAAAAUAUCCCUAAACAUCAUCAGAAGAGCUCUGAACCGCUUCAGAGAUAUAAACCAUGCGUUCCAGAAGUAACAGCACAGAAAGCCCAACCAGACCAAAGCUGAGCCAGCAAAGGCCGAAAGACCACCAUAAAGAAGAGGUUGGUUACAGUGGGAGAGGAAACGUGCAAAGAAGGCAGAAGGAAAAGGACGAUGUAGCCCAAGCCAGUACCAUCCUAAGAAGCCCUAAGGCAGAAAAAAACCAAAGAAGUUCUUCCAAGAAAAGAGAGGAUCUCUCUCGUGAUGACUUGCUAUUUCUUCUCAGUGUCCUCGAGGGUGAAUUACAGGCUCAAGAUGAAGUUAUAGGAGUACUCAAGGCUGAAAAAAUUGACUUGGCUUUGCUUGAAGCACAAUAUGGCUUUGUUACUCCAAAGAAGGUGUUAGAGGCCCUCCAGCGAGAUGCUAUUCAAACAAAGGCUGAGCAAUGGCAAGAAGAUAUCUACGAAAAGCCUAUAGGAGAGCUUGAUAAAGUUGUAGAGAAACAGAAAGAAACUCACAGACGAAUGCUGGAGCAACUUCUAAUGGUAGAAAAAUCACACAGACAGACACUGUAUGAACUAGAGGAAGAGAAGAGGAAGCACAGCAAAUACAUGGAAAAAAGUGAUGAGUUCACAAACCUACUGGAACAAGAAUGUGAAAGAAACUCAAAGCCAGCCAUCAUCUCUACGCUGAUGACUCAAGUCUACUCCAACCACCACCACCAAAACAACAACAAACGUCACUGUUCACGAGCAACCUGCCAUCAUCCCCAACUCCAUGAGAUCAGAAGGGAACUCAGUCUUUUAAGCCCCUGCCCUUGGUUUCAUCCUUAAGAUUCUUAAUACCUCAGUUCUUAAAACUGGGGUAACAAAGUCAUACUGCUUGUCACUCAGCCUGUCAUACCUAGGCGCAUUUUCUACCUGAGCCUUUCUACAUUUAAGUCUCACAAAUUCUUUUUCAUAGCACUGCCAAGAAAAUAGAAAAUAAAAUAAAAAACAAACCAAACAAACACCACACACACCCCCCAAACCCACACAAAUAAACCAAGCACAUCUUUCUGCCCAUCCAAAUAACGAAAUCCUUUUCCAGGCCCCCACUUCAAAAAUAUUUUUUUAUCAUUUCCACAUUAGCUAUUCCACCCCUCUAUGUCUCCUCACUGCGUGCACUCUCGUUACUGAGUUAAGGCUAUGUGUUUCCUCUUGUGUAGCUUUACAGUACACACUUACCCUCUGAUGCAAUGUUAUUACACAGACUAAACAUCACACUGAAAAUGUACCCAAAUUAAAUAAUAUUAUGUUAUAAUACUGCUCAGAUAUUGAGUAGGUAAGAAAUGUGAUUUCAUAAACCUGAGCAUUCUACGUUAA